UUUAAGAAAGGAAUUUAAUUAUUCGAAGCCCAAUCGCGAGCCCAAACUCGAGAAUCCAAAUUCGGAAGAAAUUAAAUCUGCGCCAUUCAAUUCUGGUGACGAUGAGGAUUAAGCUGGCCCACUGUUACUGCUAAAUCGCAAUCUCUACUCUACUCUCUCCCCCAAUAUACCAAAACCUCAGCUUUGUCUCACCUCUCUCUCAUCUCUAAAUCUCCGUCUUCUCUCCACGGGAAGCAUCCGCCUCUAACCAUGUCUGAGGCUGUAAAAACCCCUACGGUCGCUAAAGAAGAAGAGAAGUCUGAUGCAGCUGCAAGCAAAGCUCCUGCUGAGUCAGAAGAGAAGACUGAUGCAGCUGCGAGCAAAUCUUCAGAAGCACCAUCUGGACAGGGAAGCACAAUCCCUGCAAUCCCACCACCAGUUGCGGGAAUGCCAAGUCCCUUUGACUUCUCAGCUAUGUCAGGACUGCUAAAUGACCCAAGCAUUAAGGAAUUAGCGGAACAAAUAGCAAAGGAUCCUUCAUUUAAUCAGAUGGCAGAACAACUUCAGAAAACCUUUCAAGGUGCUCCUGCAGUUGAAGAGAGUGUUCCCAACUUUGAUCCACAACAAUAUUAUUCGACAAUGCAACAAGUAAUGCAAAAUCCACAAUUCAUGACAAUGGCUGAAAGACUGGGUAACGCAUUGAUGCAGGAUCCAGCCAUGUCUGGCAUGCUUGAGAGUUUAACUAACCCAACAAAUAAAGCUCAGCUUGAAGAUCGAAUGACUAAAAUCAAAGAUGAUCCAUCGUUGAAGCCUAUUUUGGACGAGAUCGAGAAUGGCGGUCCUGCUGCUAUGAUGAGAUACUGGAAUGACAAAGAUGUUCUCCAGAAGUUGGGUGAAGCCAUGGGAUUUGCUGUUGGCAGUGAAGGUGGUGCAUCUGGUGUUGAUGCUUCUGUUGAAGAUGAGGAUGAAGGAAAUGAUGAGGAAUCUAUUGUUCACCAAACAGCUAGUACUGGCGAUGUGGAGGGGCUGAAGAAUGCUCUGGCUGAUGGUGCUGAUAAGGACGAAGAAGAUUCCGAGGGAAGGACGGCAUUGCAUUUUGCAUGUGGAUAUGGCGAGGUGAAGUGCGCCCAACUUCUUCUGGAGGCUUAUGCGAAGGUGGAUGCUUUGGAUAAGAAUAAGAACACGCCUCUUCAUUAUGCUGCCGGUUAUGGCAGAAAGGAGUGCGUGGAGCUUCUAUUGAAGAAUGGCGCUGCUGUCACGCUCCAAAACUUGGAUGGUAAGACGCCCAUCGAUGUUGCAAAACUAAAUAACCAGAAUGAGGUGCUAGCCUUGCUCGAGAAAGAUGCAUUUCUAUAAGCUUGAGACGCAUGGAAGUAGUUGUGCACACUUUCGUGCAUCAUGGCGAGUCUAGGAGCGCAGCAUUCCAGCUUGGCGUGCUACUCUUAGUUCGUGUUUGGUGAUGUAUCUUCGUCGAUAUUUCUGGCUUCUUUUAUUUGUUUGCAUCAAACUGUCUUCUAGAGUUGAUACUCACUGCGCCAUUUCAAGCGGUGAUUUUAGAAGCUUUGCAUGCUGUGCUAUGGUUCCUGCAAAAACCAACCUUGAAAAAAUUUCCUGUUAGGCAUUAUGUCUAAUUUAAAGUUGCAUUUUGGUGUUUAA